AUGGAUACAGAAAUUGGAAACAAAGAAGAACAGUGGAAGAAUUCGGUUUCUUCCUUUUCAUCAUCACGAUCAUCAUCGAUAACAUCUGAUUCUUCAGAUGGACACUUUGAUAUCCGACACUUUCCUCUUCCCAAGCCAUCGCUGUCGGCACAGAAACUGAGAGAGUCACAUCAGGCUUAUGAUCCAAACCGUAUUCCAUCUUCGGUUUUCUCUAGCAAACCGGGUAAUUCGGCGGAUUGGAGCAUAGCUUCUAACGAAUCCUUGUUUAGCAUCCACGAUGGGAGUUUUAACAUUUCGACAAGGGAAGAUCAUGGAUUUGCUGCACCCUUGAGGUUGGCUGAGAUACCGAGACUCGAAGAACCAGCUCACGAAAUCGACCCGGUUCCUAUUCCGCUUGCUCUUCCUCCGGUUAAGAAACCAGAUGAAUCUGUGAAAGAGAUUAUUGCAGAGGAGGAACAAUACCAGGUGGAGACCUCAGACUCUGAGGUCGAUGAUAGCGAAAUAGAAGAGAGGAGGGGUGAAGUCGAGAGCGAUGAUGAACACGAAGAAGAAGAAGAAGAAAUGAUAGAAGCAGAGGUUUUGGUGGAAACUGAAACCAAAAUUCUAGAAAAGAAGGAAGUAGUACAAGUUGCGAAGGAGAAUCAACCAGAAGACUCCAACAGUAUAGUUUCACAUUCCCCGAGCAUUUCUUGUCGUUCGGACACCAGCACCAACAGCAUUGGCUCUUUCGCAUUCCCACUACUGCAAAAAGAAGAUGUACUUAUCAAAACGCCAUCUAUGGAAAUCAGAGGGUAUCAGCUGACUCAGUCGCCGGUGCUACCUCCCCAACCACAGCCCCAGCCGCAGCCUUAUUCAGAAUCUGGUACGCUAACUGAGUUGCAGCCGGAAUCACAACAACAACAACCACAACGGAAGGCAUCCAAAAAAAUGGAGUCUCGAACGCAAUCGCUAAAAGCUUCGAGAAUCGGUUGGUUCUCUUGCUUCCAUUGUCCUUCAAAAUGCGGUUUAUUUAAGUAG